GACUUGCAAUGUUUACAAAUGGAGGUCGCAUGGGGGGAAAUUUCACUUUCGACUUGUUUUGAGAAUGAUAAAUGACGAAAGAUUUUACUAUGAAGGCUUUCAAAGUUACUGGUGUUAACAAAAGGAAGAGAGUAGGAAUAGCCGUUAAGGAUUUGAACGAAUUGAAAUUAAAAGGUUGCGAAAAACUACAGAUUCCAACACAAGAAGUGACAGUUUGUCUAGAAGAAGAUGGCACAGAAGUUGAAGACAACAAGUACCUGUGGAGUCUUCCCUCACAGACCGUUCUAAUGAUUUUAUGUAAAGGAGAAAAAUGGGAGGGAGGUGCCUCCAUGCUACUUAGAAGUAUAAGUAGAAUUGAGGAAAACAUCUGUUCAAGAAAAGAAAACAUCUACACAUGUAUCCACAAGGAACUUUUGGAUGGAGACAUCAACAAACAGACUGCAGUUGGAUUGGCAGAGUUUGUGAAGAAUAUAAAAAUGAAUAUAAAAUCUAGUACAAGGGAAGAGGAUCCAGAUUGGUUUGAAGGGUUAUCAUCUAAAUGCAGGGCAAAAGAAGAACAUUUGAGAUACAGUGCAAAAGCCAGAAUCAGGGGGUACUUGGACAAGGCCAAAGAACAUUUCAAUGCUCAAAAGAUACCUGAAAAUACAAAACUCAAAUUAGAACAAGUCAUGGACAGUUUCAAAGAACAGCUUAAACUUAACAGUUACCAUGGACAUUAUUUUGUGAGAUCUCAUUCAGUUGACAAGGAAAGAAUGUGUGACAGGGAUGGAUGGUUCAGCUGUGAGGGACUUUACAAUGAGGAGACAUGCAAACAUUAUCAUUCUAUUAACCCAUACGGGUCCAAGGAAAGCAGGAUUUUGUUCAGCACAUGGAAUCUAGAUCAUGUUAUUGAAAAGUCCAGAGAAGUGUUACCAUGUCUUGUGGAAGCCGCCAAGAACAUUCCUAGGGGCAGGAAAAUAAAUGUUCAAUACUUUUACGACCUCCUCUUUACAAGGAUGAAUCUUAAACUUGUCCAUAUUGCCUGCCAUGAUAAAAGGGAACAUGCGACAAGAUGCGACCGUAGAAAAAUUUACUCCUGACCUAGAUAUUUUACUUUAAUUAAAAAAUAAAAAUCAUCUUUUUACCAUUUACAAAGGUAGAAAUAAGUUAUUCUAACANUUGACAGCUUUGCUGCCUUGUUUUUCAAUUUGUUUGAAUUGAAUUGAAUUGGCAUGAAGGAUGGAGACAAAGAAAGUAUAACACUAAAAUAAAUGUUUUUCACAGACAGAAAAAGCAUUUCAGAUGUAAUGUUUUAAAUGUUAACAAUGUAUUUUCCUCUCUCAAAUAUUCUUUUUACUGGUCAGAGUAGUAUUCUGAUAGUUCACUUACAAGAAUAUGAUUUUAAAUGAAAGAUAAAAAGCCACAAAUUUGUACUUUUUAUUGUAGUUAACUGGCAUACAUUAUGUUCAAAGUGCCACUUAUUGUCUUUUUAUCAAGUCAUUUAUAUUUUUCAUGUGCUUUUUUAGCCCUGGUUGAAGUAGGAAGACAACUUGAAAUUGUGUUCAUGUACUUAUGUACAUUUAUUAAAAUUUUAUAAUACAAGGUGUAUAAUAUCCAGUUUUAUUUUUUUAAUCUGUGCUACAUUUCAAGGACAUAAUUGAAGUCUUUUUCAUAUCAUGGGAACAAUAUUAUUUAAAUGACCAAAUGACUCUGGCAUAACAGGUUUAGGACCAAGAUUGAAUUGACUUAGUUACCAUGAUGCACUCUGG